AUGAGGGCUCAGCGCAAGUGCAAGCAGCUCAAGACGGACAUCACCACUCAUACGUCCCUCAUACGCAAUCAAGAGCGUGUCGCAGCCCGCCGGGCCAAGCACGUCGUACAGGAGGCCGCGAAGGCGGAGCGUCUGCGCGCGGAAGUCGCGCAGAAGCAGAACGCGCUCUACAAGCUUCAUUCCCGCCUAAGCGACCUCGAAGGGCGCAUCCCCGUCGCAGCCGUCCCUUAUCAGUCGCAUGGCACGACGCGGUGA